AUGGGUUGCUGUGGUUGCAGAGGCAGCUGUGGUGGCUGUGGCGGCUGUGGUGGCUGUGGUGGCUGUGGAGGCUGUGGUGGCUGUGGAGGUUGUGGUGGCUGUGGUGGCUGUGGUGGCUGUGGUGGUGGCUGUACCACUUGUACUUGCUACCGUGUGGGCUGCUGCUCUGCCUGCUGCCCCUGCUGCUGUGGCUGCUGUGGAGGCUGCUGCAGUCCAACAGUUGUCUGCUGCCGCCGCACCUGCUGCUCUGGCUCCUGUGGCUGUGGCUGUGGCUGUGGUGGUGGCUGUGGUAAGGGCUGUGGCUGUGGCAAGGGAUGCUGCCAACAGAAAUGUUGCUGCCAGCAAUGCUGCUGUAAGAGGCAAUGCUGCUGCUAG